AUGUCAAAACGAGGUACACAACGAACUCGAGGAAAUACAAAACCUGCAAGUAGUGCGAAAGCUUCUGCAACACUUAUCACACAUGGAAUUAAUUCCUUUACAUUAUUUUCCGGUGAUAUACCUAUUUCCAAUGGUAUCGAUGAUAUUGGAAUUGAUAAUGAUAUUGACUCUGAAUUACGUGUCAUAUUACGUAAACUAACGAAAAAAGAUUCAACAACCAAAAUUCGAGCAUUUAAUGAAUUACGAGAUUAUUGUGAUGAAAAUGAAUCAGCUGAUGAUAAAAUUCGUGUAUUUCUACCAUUUUUUAUUUCUCAUUAUCGUAAAUGGUCAACCGAUUGUGAUCAACGUGUUCGCGAUGAAUGUCAAUUAACAUUUGAUACAAUUGGCAUGCGUAUGAAAAAAAAUUUAUCACCACAUUUAAAAGUUCUUUUACCUAUUUGGUUAAUGGCACAAUGUGAUUCCUAUGCACCUGCUGCAUCAAAAGCAAAAUUUCUUUAUACAAAAUUAUUUAGUGGAGAAAAUAAACAAGCUGAAGCUGUUUAUUUCGCACGAAAUGAAAUCAUGUCAACAUUAACUGACGAAAUCAAUCAAUGUUCGGAUGUUCUUAAAGACAAAAAAGAGAAUGAAAUGGAAACCGAUGAUGCACAUGAAAGACGUUUAGCACAAGUUCUUCUCGCUCUUGCGCUAUUUCUUAAUUAUUUCGAAGCAAAUAAACGUUCAGAAUUAACAAGUCACUUCAAAACUAUAUUUGAUUCAGGAAAAUUUUGGAAAUUAGAUAAAAUUAAAUCAGUACAAAUUCAAAGUUCAUUUUAUCGUUGUCUUUAUGAAUUAAUCAAUCUUAUACCUGAUGUUAUACGUGAAUAUAAAACAAAAAUAAUUCCACUUGUUUUCUAUGCAAUUAAUGAAACCGAACCAAAAUUAUGUCCAUUAAUAUGGGAUUGUUUAAUACUUUGUUUAGAUACAUUUGAUGAUUGUUGGUCAUUAAUUAAUUAUCAAAAAGCAUUUUUACCAAAAUUAUAUGCGUUUUUAAAAAAUGCCUGUCAUGGGAAUGUUUUUGGUGUUAAAGAUUGUUUAUUACCAUUGAUUAUGAAAAUACCACAAACAGUUAUUGAAGAUAAAAUAAAUUAUCGAUUUAUUGAAAACUUUUUUCAAUCAAUGGAAGAAGGAAUUUUGUCAAUUAAAGGAAGACAACAGAUGAAUAAUGUGAGUUCAUUAUUAAAAGCUUAUAUGGAUUGUUUACUUUAUGUAUUAAAACAUCAUACAACAAAUCAACUUGAUUUUCUUAAUGAACGAUUACUUCCAAUGAUACGUCGCUCACUUGAUGAUAAAGAUUGUUCAGUUCGAAAUGUUUAUGCUCGUCAAUAUGUUUAUUUAUUAAGCUCUAUUCAAUCAUUUCGAUUAUAUAGUGAUCAUUUAAAUAGUGUUCUUGAAUUAUUUCGUGAUUUAGUAAAUCAAUCAUCGACAUCUAGUGAAUCAAAUGAUUUAUUAAAAUAUAUAUUUGAACAAUCUAGUAUACUUUUUGAAACUAUAUUAUGUCCACCAAAAUUAAAAAAUCUACGUUUUGCUGUUAAAACAUCGUCAUCAAAUGAUCUUUCAUCAAUGGAUUCAGCAACAUUUCAAACAGACGAUAAUGAUGAUGAUGUAGAAAAUAAUAAUCAAAAAGAUACAUAUCUUAUUGAAUUUGCUAUGAAUUUAUGUCAAUAUUGUUUUCAAUUUUGUAUUGAACAUCCAAAAGAUUUAACAUUCGAAUAUAGUUUAGAUUUAUUCACACGUCUUUUAAAUCCGUCGACAUCAAAUAAUAUUGAAAUUAUAACAAAAUUAAUUAAUAACAAUGAUAAUACGAAUACAAUAGCUGAAAUAUUUUAUUUAAAUUAUGCAAGACCAUUAAUACAAAUUGCUAUUGAACGACAUUGCUCACUUGAUUCUAUUGUUGAAUUAACUAUUCAAAUAUUAAAUACAUUUGAUUCUUCCGAAGUUGUUGUCGAACGUGUUCUUGCUGAUCUUAUUAAACUUGAAUCAUCUCGUCGAUUUUAUUUCUUACUGGCUUCCAUUGUCUGUCGUUAUGAAUCUUCACCAUCAUUUCAUACAUGGCUUCAAACUCAUGGUGUUCUCGAACAAUUAUUAAACAUGACAGCAAGUGUAACAAAAUCCAGUGAAAAUAAUGAUUUAAAUUUUCCUGUAUCAACCGAAGAAUUUCAAUUAUUAUCAUCUUUACUUUGUACUUCAAAACCCACACAAUUUCUAACUUCAAUUCAACAGGAACAAAUUGUUUACCUUGCCUGUCGUUUACUUGAACAACAAUCCCCAUCAUUAAAUGAAGCUGAUUUACAUAACGAUUUAAUUCAAAGUAUUGAUCAUGUCGCUAAACAUUUAUUUCAAAAUAUCGACAAAACAUAUGAAAAUCAAUCAACAAAAAAUCUUUUUCAACUUUAUAUACAUAAUGAUAUAAAUAAUUUAAUACGAAAAAAUCAUACAUUAAGUCUUCAUCAACGUUCAAUAUGGUUAAUAGCUUUAAAACAAUCAAAAAGAAUUCAAAAUGAAAUUUUCCAACAAUUUAUACAAUUAAUACUUUCAUAUAUUCCAACACAAUCUGAUAAUGAUCUAUUCAUCGAUAUGAUUAUUUCCAUAUGUCAAGAUGAUAAUAAAUUAUCCGAAAAAUUCUAUUCAAAAUUAUCUGAACGUAUAUCAUUAUGCAAUAAUUUAAUAUAUGAAUCAUGGAUCUAUGGUAUUCUUCAUGGUUGGUUAUUACCGGAUCAAACAAUUCAAACAAAAUUUUCAAAUAAAAAAUUUUCGGAAUAUGAACGUUUUCUUGAUGUUCAAUUUAUAUGUUUAUUAAUAAUUCGUCAAUAUGAAUUAAAUUCUUAUCUUAGUUCAAAUAAUGACUUAAUAAAAAAUUUAAUAUUAAAUUAUUAUUUAUUUCAAUAUCGUUGUAUUGAUGUUAAAUCAUUAUAUCAAUUAUUUGAACGUUUAUUUAAUUUAUCAACAUAUCGUAUGGAAUUAAAUUUAAUUGAAAAAUCAUUUCAAUCAAAAGAAUUUUAUUUUGAAUUAAUUUAUUAUCAUUUCUAUUGUCAAAUAAAAGAUAAAUAUUUAAAUAUAAAUCAACGUGAUGAUUUAAUUCAUUAUACAUUUAUAUUAAAUAAUAAUGAUGAAUUAAAUUCACAUUUAAUUCUCGCAUCAUUUUUUCGUGAAUCACAAUUGAAAUUAAUAAUUCCAUAUUUAAUUGAACAAUGUCAAGAUGAACGACGAUCAGAAUUAACAUUAGCGGCUUUAAAUCAAUCAUUGAUACGAAUGAAUAAAUUAGGUAUUAUUCUAGAGGAAAAUUAUUUAAAUAAUAUCUUGGAGAUAUUAAUGAAAUUCAAAGUAUCAUCAAAAGAAAAUUUACAAAUUAUACAAUUAUGGAAUACAUUAUUAAAUCAUGGAACAUUUGUAUAUUCAUUAAAACAAAUACAUUGGGAUCAUAUAUUAUGUUUAUUAUGCGAUUUAUUUCAAAAUUUAACUAAUACUCAACAACAAAUACAACAAGAAUUUUCGAUACGAACAGAAUUUUUAUUUAUUUAUGCAUCAAAUUUAUUAACAACUAUUGGGACAAUUUUAACUAACCAUAAUAAACAAGAAGAAAAUGAUUCAAUUAGUAAACAAUUAUUAGAUGAAUGGGUAUUACUUCAUAGUAAAGAAAUUUAUACUGGUUUAUUACCACUUUAUAUUGCAUUACCUAGUGCUCUUGCUGAAUUUUCAUCAUUUCAUGUGACAAAUGAAAUGGUUAAAUCUAUAUGUUGUGCAAUCUGUACUAUUCCAAGUGAUUAUCUUAUUUCAAAUAAUCUCAAACCACUUUUCCAUUCCGCAGAUAAUCAUUUAACAUUAUCUGAAUCGAUUCAAACAGUAGUUAAUCAUCUAUAUCGUUUACUUUGUUUAACACCAAAUCGUUCAUUACAAUAUUCAGCAUAUCAUUUAUUAAAUAAACUUCUUCCACAUAUAUCAUCAACAUUAAUUACAACAACAACAACAAAUAACGAUACGAUUGCCGAAGAUAAUAAAACAUGUCAUUUACUUGGUUCAAUGAUUGAAGCAUUAGAACGAACAGAAAAUACAAUUGUACAAUUAUUAACUGAAAAUGAUAUUGUUGAAGAACAUCUAUUAGAUGAUAAUGGCCACGAAAUUAUUUCGAAUUUUUCCCCAACAACAGUUAAAACUGAUAAAGAACAUAUUAUUAUUGGUGAAUUAUUAAAUUAUAAAUUAUUACUUAAUUUAAUUAAUUGUUUUUCAUCUGUUGAACAACGUUAUACAUAUACAUUAAUGUUACAAGAUAAAAAAUUAAUUGAUCGCUUUCUAUCAAUUGUACUUGGUUUAAUUCCUGCUAAUCCGGUUUACAAUGAUCCUUUAUCAAUGCAAGUUUCAUCGAUUACAAAAAAAUUAACUCAUUCUAAAUCAAUGUUUGAAAAUGAUAUUCAACUCAAUCCAAGUGGUGAUUGGAAUUCCCAAUAUACAAUUCCACAUUUAGCUUGUUCAGUUUAUUUUCAAUGUUUAAGUUUAAUACCGGCACUUGUACGUGAAUGGUAUCAUAAUCAACCUAAACGAAUACGUGAUGCUGUUGAUCGUGUUACACAAAAAUAUGCUAGUCCAAUAUUAAUUCAACAAGAACUCGAUUCUGCUUCAUCAUUAAAAGAAGGUAGUAUUGGUGAAGCUGGUCUAUUUACGGUUAAAAAACAUUCAAAUACUCGAGAAAUUACAGCUAUAUAUAAUAUUGAAUCAUCAUGUGUUGAAAUAUGUAUACGUUUACCACCUAAUUAUCCAUUAAGUAUUGCAAAUAUUGAAUGUACACAUCAUGUUGGAUUUACCAAAGAACAAUGGAAUAAAUGGAUGUUACAAUUAAAAACAAAUUUAACACAAAACAAUGGUGCUAUAGCUGAUGGUUUAUUACAUUGGAAACAAAAUAUUGAUAAGAUGAUGCAAGGUAUUGAAGAAUGUUCUAUUUGCUAUUGUAUUUUACAUACAAAUAAUGAAUUACCUAAACGGACUUGUCGAACAUGUAAAAAGAAAUUUCAUGACGCUUGUUUAUUUCGUUGGUUUCGAUCAUCAAAUAAAUCUACAUGUCCACAUUGUCGUGCGAACUUUUAA